CUCAGCGGUGUGUGUGUGUGUGCGCCUCUCCGCGAGACCAGACACCAACCUCUCUCUCCCAUCCCCCCCUCGCCCCUCUCCUCCUCCUCGCCGCCGCCGCCGCCGCCGACGCCAACGCAGCCCCGAGAUUUGUGGGCGGCAGGAAGUGCAUGGGGAGAGAGGAUGCCAGAGUUGCGUAGUGGAGUUCGGCAAGCUCGGUUGACGGCAAAGAAGGUUGAGGACCUUGCAGCACAAGACCCAGCUGAGAACUUGGUAGCAGUGGCACCGACGGUGGCAGGAAGACGCGGCAGAGGAAGGAGUGGGAGGGGUGGAGGUAGAGCAACAGGAAGAGGAAGAGGAAGAGGAAGAGCAGGAAGAGGGCGAGGUGUUCCAGUGAUUGAUUUGGACCCAGACCAACCUUGUGAGGUUCUUCCAGGAGGUGCUGUUGGUGGAGGCACUGCUGCUGGUCCACUUCAUAUAGAGGGAAUUGCUGAUAAGGUUGUGAAGAUGGAUGGCGGGAGUGCUGAGAAGGUCGGUGGAGGUGAAGAUGAAGGGAAUGCAUCUCCAGUUCCAGAUAAGGUUCAAGUAGGCCAAUCUCCACAAUACAAGGUAGAGCGGAAGUUGGGAAAAGGUGGUUUUGGACAGGUUUAUGUUGGCAGAAGGAUUUCUGGUGGAACUGAGCGCACUGGACCUGAUGCUAUUGAGGUAGCUUUAAAAUUUGAGCACCGCAACAGUAAGGGUUGCAAUUAUGGCCCUCCAUAUGAGUGGCAAGUUUAUAGUGCUCUGAAUGGAUGUUAUGGUAUACCCUGGGUUCACUACAAGGGCCGGCAGGGGGACUAUUAUGUUCUGGUAAUGGACAUCCUAGGACCUAGCCUUUGGGAUGUUUGGAAUUCUGUUGGGCAGGCGAUGACCCCAAGUAUGGUUGCUUGCAUCGCUGUAGAGGCAAUUUCUAUCCUUGAAAAACUUCAUGCAAAAGGGUUUGUUCAUGGAGAUGUUAAACCAGAAAAUUUUUUACUUGGCCAACCUGGAUCACCUGAUGAGAAGAAACUUUUUUUGAUUGAUCUUGGCUUAGCAUCUAAAUGGAAGGAAACAGCAUCUGGACAGCAUGUUGAUUAUGAUCAAAGGCCAGACAUAUUUAGGGGUACAAUAAGAUAUGCUAGUGUCCAUGCCCAUUUAGGCCGUACUGGUAGCAGAAGGGAUGAUCUGGAAUCAUUAGCAUACACAUUGAUAUUUCUUCUCAGAGGAAGGUUACCUUGGCAAGGCUACCAGGGUGAGAACAAGAGUUUUCUUGUUUGCAAGAAGAAAAUGGCUACCUCUCCAGACCUUCUGUGCUGUUUCUGUCCCCCACCUUUUAAACUUUUUCUGGAGAGCGUGACAAACAUGAGAUUCGAUGAAGAGCCAAACUACCCAAAGCUUAUUUCCCUUUUUGAUGAAUUGAUUGAACCCCAGCAUUUGAGGCCUAUUAGAAUUGAUGGUGCUCUAAAGGCUGGACAAAAACGUGGAAGGUUGCUCGUAAAUCUUGAAGAAGAUGAACAACCAAAGAAGAAAGUUCGACUUGGAAGCCCAGCGAAUCAGUGGAUAUCAGUUUAUAAUGCUAGGAGACCCAUGAAACAAAGAUACCAUUACAAUGUAGCAGAUGCCAGGCUUCAUCAACACAUUGAGAAGGGUAAUGAAGAUGGAUUGUUUAUUAGUUCAGUGGCAUCUUCAGCCAAUCUUUGGGCACUUAUUAUGGACGCGGGGACUGGGUUCACAUCACAAGUUUAUGAACUAUCACCAAUUUUCCUACAUAAGGAUUGGAUUAUGGAGCAAUGGGAAAAUAAUUACUACAUCAGUGCCAUAGCGGGCGCAACAAAUGGAAGCUCCUUGGUGGUCAUGUCAAAAGGAACUCCUUACACUCAACAGUCUUACAAAGUUAGUGAAUCGUUUCCCUUCAAAUGGAUCAACAAGAAGUGGAAAGAAGGAUUUCAUGUUACAUCAAUGACUACUGCAGGAAGCCGCUGGGGUGUAGUUAUGUCAAGGAAUUCUGGAUUUUCUGAACAGGUAGUAGAAUUGGAUUUUCUAUAUCCUAGUGAAGGUAUCCACCGUCGGUGGGAGAAUGGUUAUAGAAUAACUUCUACAGCUGCCACUGGUGACCAGGCUGCUUUUAUAUUGAGUAUACCCAAAAGAAAAUUGAUGGACGAGACACAAGAAACUCUCAGAACAUCUGCUUUUCCAAGCAAUCAUGUGAAGGAUAAAUGGGCCAAGAAUCUCUACAUUGCUUCGAUAUGCUAUGGCCGGACGGUAUCUUAGGCAUACCCCCUGCACACCAACUCGGGGCUGAGCAUAUUCGCAACUGAGUUGAUGUCGGGAAAACCAGCAAUCUAGUUGCUGCUCUCUGUUACUCUGUAUGUGUAGGUAACAUUGGCUAGGUAAACCUUACAACAUGGCCAGAGUAGGGGCGCGAGAAGAAGAAGGGAGGAAUGUCGACGGACAGCUAAAUAAGCUGAUGAGGAUGUCAUCCGGCUGGUCUGGUGGAGGUGGCAGCAGCAGAUGCCGUCAAACAUAUUUUGCAUCAAGAUGCUUUGCUGCAGUCCUUGCUGCGGUGCAAAGCAUGGACGACCCUAUAACCUCUUUUGGAGGCCUAUAAUCUGAGAGCCCGUUGUGUAUAGCUCUGUCGUGUCCUGCGUUUUGUCUGGUUGGAAGCGAAGUACCAUGUUUCCAGAACUCCGGAAUUGUCUAAAUUAUUGUGUGAGAAACGAGUGUACUGAUAAAUCGUUGUAUCGAUUCCAUUAUUCGAUGAUCCCAUUUCAUUAAUGCAACAAUGUUGCAUUACUGA